UCUCUGGCUCCAUCCGUCAUUUGAUACUUCUCCGACCUGACCUGCAAACGCCACCGACAAUGUGGUGGUGGUGGAAGGUUUUGAUCGUUGCCACGGCCAUUAGGACAGUAUAUGCGGCUUCCCGAGAUCAAUGGCUCGGUCGGUCGGUCUACCAAGUGGUCACCGAUCGCUUCGCUCGGUCCGAUAACUCAACCACCGCUCCUUGUGACACAGGACUGGGAGAAUAUUGUGGUGGGAGCUUACGGGGUAUCAUCAAUAAGCUGGAUUAUAUCCAGGAACUCGGGUUCGAUGCAAUUUGGAUCUCUCCAGUGCAAAGCCAGGAGUCAACUCGCACGGCAGAUCUCUCGGCAUACCAUGGGUACUGGCCGAACGACCUGUAUACCAUCAAUUCCCAUUUUGGCACCUCCGAUGACCUCCAGGCAUUAUCCACAGCGUUGCACGCGCGUGGCAUGUACUUGAUGCUGGACAUUGUCGUUGGUGAUAUGGCCUGGGCUGGAAAUGCCUCUACCAUCGACUACAGCACGUUCAACCCUUUCAAUGAUCAGAAGUAUUUCCACGACUACAAGCUACUUUCUGAGGAUUCCGCAAAUGAAACCUGUGUUCUGGAUUGUUGGAUGGGCGACAACACCAUAUCACUUCCGGAUUUGCGAAAUGAGGAUCGGGAAGUCCAGCAGAUUCUGGGCACCUGGGUUUCGCAGUUGGUUUCAAACUACUCCAUUGAUGGCUUGCGAAUCGACAGUGUCCUGAACAUUCCACCCGUCUUCUUCUCCAAUUUCAGCAAGUCAGCGGGUGUUUUCACUAUGGGCGAAGGCGCCACAAGAGACGCAUCCGGUUACUGCCCUCUACAGCCCAGUCUAGACGGACUGUUGAAUUAUCCGUUGUAUUAUAUCCUCUCGGAGGCCUUCAACACGACCAGCGGAGACCUAAAUAGGAUCGUACAUUCUAUUGACUACGUGAGGACACAAUGCGAGGACGUAACAGCCCUAGGAACUUUCACCUCGAAUCAGGAUGUCCCUCGCUUUGGCUCGUAUACUUCGGACAUAUCGUUGGCUCGCAAUAUUCUCACGAUCAGCAUGCUCGCUGACGGUAUACCCAUCCUCUACUACGGUGAAGAACAGCACCUUUCCGGCGGAUUCAACCCUGUCAACCGGGAGGCCCUAUGGCUCACCAAGUACUCGAUGGAUUCAACCUCGCUACCUUUACUGGUCCAAUCGUUGAAUCGAAUUCGAUCAUAUGCGAGCGGCGACGGAGAAAAGUACACGGUCGCCCCGAAGUCAGGCAGCAACUAUCUGUCGUACCUCUCAUUGCCGAUCUACAACUCAACAAACAUCUUAGCCAUGCGUAAGGGAUUUCCCGGUAACCAGGUUGUGAGCGUCGUAUCCAACCUGGGAGCCAAGCCAGCCAGCAAAGCCAGCACCAAAAUCACGCUCAGCUCCGACGGUACAGGAUUUUCAGGCGGACAAAAUGUGACCGAGAUCUUAUCUUGCAAAACAUUUGUGACCGACUCAAGCGGAAAUCUCAAAGUCGACCUCAGCUCCGAUGGCGGGCCGCGGGUGUACUAUCCCACUGAAAGUCUGAACCGAAGCACCAGCAUUUGUGGAGAUCAUACCCAGACAUCGACAAGCUCCUCGGCAAGUCCCAGUUCUUCCACCAGCGCUGGGACUUCUUUAUUCAAUUUGUCUUGGAAUUUGAGGACAUUGAUGGUUACGGCUGCAUUGACCACGUCCUACAUCUGUCUCCCUCUAAUACUCUAG